AAGAGGAGCCCCACCCAUGUAUUUAAGCUAUCUAUACUGCAUAAAAAUUUCCCUCCUACAAAGGAGACUAAAUAGGGGCAAUCUAAUCCCGGGGAUCUAGACUGUAAUCGGUCUGCGAACUAUUGACGGUGGAUUUCAGCGGUAGUAUUCGAACCAGAGAUGUGUAACACAUAAAUAUAAUAGAGCUCAGGAAGCCAAAUAUGAAGAUAUAAAUGCGUUGAAUGACUAAGGAAAAACUGCACUAGGGUUUACCCAAAAUAAAUGGAGCCGAAACAUACAGAGAGCUAUGACUGAGAAUGUACUUUAAUUGAUCUGGUGAAUUAUAUCCGGGUUUUGCCAGAAAAUGGAGCUGAAAAUUACAGAAAACUAAUUAUGAAAAUAUACUUCGCUUGAUCUGAAGUGUAAAAGUUGUGCCAGGGUUUUGCCAAAAUAACUACUGGAGUCGAGAUUUACAGUAAGCCAAGUAUGAAAAUAUGAUUUCCUUAAUCUAGUGAGAGGAAAAAAUAUAUCUAGUUUUUUACCAAAAAUGGAGCCCGACGUGAGCGUGGAAGGGGGCUGUAUGAUUCGCAUUGUGGUUCGGCCGGUUGGUCACAUGCCGGGCAGUCACAUGAGGGACUAUGUGUCCAUUGUCGUGCGGCACACUAAGAUUGAUCUUUCAAGCAUAAGUUCUUUCUAUACUGAGCACCAGAAAAGCCCCUUUGCUCAUCAGCCGUGGGACACAGGGAGCCUGAGGUUUAAGUAUUUGGUUGGCGGAGCUCAGCAGAGCCCAUGGGAGGAUUUUCAGGCCAGUAGGAAGGUUUUGGGAGUAAUUGGGCUUUGUCACUGUCCUUCGUCGCCAGAUUUAGGGAUCGUGAGUGAGCAGUUUGCUGCAAUUUGCAAGGCCUACCCUGCAGCUCUUAUUACCAGAUGCUUUGCGUUCUAUCCCAGUGACUCCCAGCUUGAGGAGGAUGACAAAAAGCGACAGAAUUUAAUUAUGUUCCCACCUGCAGACUGGCAAGCAUUAGAAUUUCACAUGCAAACAUUGAUACAGGAUAUUGCAGCAGCAUUAUUGAUGGAGUUUGAAAAAUGGGUCCUCCAUGCAGAAUCUACUGGAACCAUUCUCAAGACUCCAUUAGAUUCUCAAGCAAGUUUAAGCUCAGAAGAGGUGAUUAAAGCAAAGAAAAGGAGGCUUGGACGUGCCCAAAAGACAAUUGGAGAUUUUUGCCUUUUGGCAGGUUCACCAGUAGAUGCAAAUGCCCAUUACUCAACAGCAAUAGAACUUGCCCGAUUAACAGGAGAUGUAUUUUGGCAUGCUGGAGCCAUAGAGGGCAGUGUGUGCGCUUUAGUGAUAGACCGGAUGGGACAGAAAGAUCAAAUGUUGGAAGAGGAAGUAAAGUACCGGUAUUAUGAAGUGAUCCAACUAUAUCGAAGGGUAUCAACAAUCAAUUUUGAACUCGAAGCCACCUUAAAACUGGCACGCUUUCUCUGCAGCAGAAGGGAGCUUGCUAAGGAGGUUGUAGAAUUGUUGAUGGGUGCUGCUGAUGGUGCAAAGGCUCUUAUUGAUGCUAGUGAUCGCUUGGUGUUGAAUGUAGAAAUUGCUCGUUUAUUUGGAGCUCUUGGUUAUGAGCGAAAAGCUGCUUUCUUUUCUAGGCAAGUAGCUCAAUUGUAUUUGCAGCAGGACAAUUGUUGGGCUGCAAUCAGUGCCUUGCAAGUCUUGUCGAUGACAUCCAAGUCUUAUCGUAUUCAAAGCAAAGCAAAACACAAAAAGCCUUGCUGUUUAUCAAAUGAAGUCCAAUCAGCUUCUGAUGGAGGGAGAUCGCAAGCACAAUCAAUAGCUUCGUUGUUUGAAAGCCAAUGGAGCACAUUGCAGAUGGUUGUUUUGAGAGAAAUACUGGUGUCUGCUGUACGUGCUGCUGAUCCUCUAGCUGCAUGGAGUGCAGCAGCCAGGUUGCUUAGGUCACACUAUCCACUUAUAACUCCCACUGGUCAGAGUGGUCUUGCAAAUGCAUUGACAAGUUCAGCUGAAAGGCUUCCUUCAGGAACAAGAUGCGCAGACCCUGCUCUUCCUUUCAUAAGAUUACAUUCUAUACCAAUGCUUCCUCCGCAAAUGGAAACUGUUAAGCGCAAUACAGGAAAGAAAGACUGGUGGUCUGGGUCUGCUCCUUCAGGUCCAUUCAUUUACACACCAUUUGGAGAGUCAAAUGAUGACAAGAAGCAGGAAAUUAUUUGGAUAGUUGGUGAACCUGUUCAAGUAUUAGUAGAACUAGCAAAUCCAUGCACAUUUGAGUUAGCAGUUGAGAGUAUAUAUCUUUCUCUUCCUUCAGAGAGUUUUGAGGCUUUUCCUAGUAGUGUGACUCUUCCACCCAACACAUCUCAGAUAAUAUCUUUAUCUGGAAUUCCAAUUUCUGUUGGCCCAUUGACAGUUGAAGGAUGUAUUGUUCGUUGUUUUGGUGUAAUAACUGAACAUCUCUUUGGAGACGUUGAUGAUCUUCUACUUGGAGCUGCACAUGGCCUUAUUUUGGCUGAUCCUUUUCGAAGUUCUGGUUUUCCCAAGAUUAGAAAUGCACCCAACCAAAACAUAACAGUAGUUCCAUCCUUGCCUCUCUUGAUUCCUCAUGUGAUUGGAGGAGAUGUCUCAACAGUUCUUUAUGAAGGGGAAAUCCGAGAUAUCCAAAUAGGUCUUGCGAAUGCUGGUUCUGUUGCUGUGGUGGAGGCAAAUGUUUCACUUUCUGGAAAACAACAGGAGAAUGUAAUUUCUAUUGGACAUGAUGUCCUUCAAUCAGCACUUCCUUUGCAACCUGGUGCAUCAGUAGUAAUCACUGUAAGGCUACAAGCUGGACAACUUAAUUUGGAAACAGAAAAUGUCAGUACUAAGAUUGUCUCUGGAAAUGCUGGAAGAUCAUCCAAGGAUGGAAGUGGUCCUACAUUGGUGAUUCACUAUUCUGCUACUGCAGUAAAGGAAACAUAUUUGAGCAUUUGUCUCUACAGGGAGUCCAAUUUUGAAUGGCAAGUGGGUGGAGUAGGUGUUGGACUGCAAUUUAGAGGAACAUUGAUGCAAGUGGGAGAUGAUUUACCAACUGAUCCUGUUGCUUUCCCCCCUGGUAGGCGCCUGGCUCUACCAUUGCAAAUACGUGUUAUUCAGGGAUUGUGUUUGGUGCAGGCUCGCUUGCUUUCAAUGGAAAUUCCAGCACAGAUCAAUAGAAGCCUUCCGAUUCCAAGUACUGUAGGUGAUACAGAUCUGCAUAGCUGCAUGACAACAGAAAAUACUGCAGAUAGCUUGGUAAAGAUUGAUCCAUACAGAGGAAGCUGGGGGCUGCGCCUCCUUGAACUUGAGCUCCGGAAUCCAACAGAAGUCAUAUUUGAGAUAAUGGUCCAGAUUCAGAGAAACAAUAGAGAAAAUGGAAAUAUAGAGACAGAAAAUGAGGGACAAGCAGCAGAAUGCAUCUAUCCAGCCACAAGAAUUGAUAGAGAUUAUGCAGCCAGGGUUUUAAUACCCCUAGAGCAUUUCAAGCUGCCAGUUCUUGAUAAAUCCUUUUUUGGAAUGGAAGCCCAAGGAAAGGAAGGUUUUACGGGUAAAAUCUCAAGUAAUGCAGAGAAACAAACAAAAGCAGAAUUGAAUGCAACUAUUAAGGAUUUGACUUCUAGAAUACAAGUAAAAUGGCAGUCUGGAAGAAACAGUUUUGGAGAAAUGAACAUCAAGGAUGCAGUUCAAGAAGCAUUACAAACAUCUGUUAUGGAUAUUUUAUUGCCAGAUCCUUUGACUUUUGGUUUCAGGGUUGCAAAGAAUCAUUCUUCUGAUGAUUAUAUUGAUGCUUUGCCAGAAUCUAAUUUAAAAUCCCCCCUAACUGAGGGGGAUAACUCUUCAGUCUUUCACAAGGGUCAAACAAAAGGAUCUAUAAUUGCUCAUGAGUUAACAUCUUUGGAAGUUCUUGUUCGCAAUAACACAAGAGAGCCAAUCAGGAUGAUCUUAAGCAUUACUUGUCGAGAUGUAGCAGGGGAGAACUGCUUUGAUGGUAACAAAGCUACUGUUCUUUGGGCUGGAAUUUUGAGUGGAAUUGAUGUGGAGGUACCCCCACUUGGAGAAGCAAUUCAUCCUUUUGCUGUGUGUUUUCUAGUACCUGGGGAGUACACAAUUUUAGGAGCAGCAGUUAUACAUGAAGCCAAUGAAAUUUUGAGAGCCCGUGCAAAAACUAAUUCAGCCGAGGAGCCCAUUUUCUGCAGUGGUCCACCUUUCCGUGUACACGUUGUUGGUGUUCUAUGAUAGCUUUUGAAAUUGCAAAUUAAUGUGCACAAUGCUUUUUCAGAUAUUUUCUUGUGCUCUGCAAAUAUCAUAGGUUUGAAUUCUUGGCACAUAAUUAUUAUUCCAAUUGAGAUAUAUUCUUGUGUAGAUGCUUGUGAUUGGCAAAAAGGCCUACUUUAUAAAUUUUCAUUUGGUGUAUUUAUUGUAUUGAAUUUUUUGUGUUUCUGAUAUAAAACAAUAAUAUCCUGGAAGGAUUACUUUUUGGACAGGUACAAAA